CUUUACUUUACUGUUGUUGAAUUAGGGUAUUAUGUCGAGCACGAUUACGACCACAAGUAGCCUACAGUAAAAAAAAUUGCGUUUGGCACAUAUCAAAACGGGAUUACGUGAUUUCACAUUGGAUUUUACAAUUUUUACUCAAACAGCCAACACGAUGUAUCUAUUUUGGAAUAUAUCCCUGAUGAUAUGCUUCUCUGUCUCAGUCAUGUUCGUCGGGUCUGAGAACACAGAUCUCCCUCCUCCGAAGAAUCUGAACUUCAUAUGGGAAACACCUUUCAGGCUUAGUUUGACAUGGGAAGAGCCGGAGGAUUUGGAUCCUUACUGUAAAGUGAACUACACUGUACAGGUGUAUAAAUCGCAGGACUGUUCCAAGAAAGACCUAGAUAGUUCCAAGACCUGGAAAGUCUCACAACUGGGCCAUAAAGUGAAUGUCUCCAAUGAGAAUGGACUGUGUAUCAGUGUUUCGACAAACGCUGAAAACUGUGGAGACCGAGGCCAAAGUCAACCGGUGCACAUUAUCUUACCUCCACCUCCAGUGAGGCUGGUGACCGAACACAACUGCGAAUAUUCCCACAACAGGAUGAAGUUCAUUUGGAAACCUACUGAUGUUGUCCAAGACCUCAGUUUUUAUUACUGGUCACCUGUGAAUGAGUCAAUAAUAAAGUGUGUACCUGAUGAGACGAUGAAGACUGGAGAAUGUGUCAUACACAAUGAGAAACUCAAGGAAAUUAUGGAAAUAUACUAUCUGUUCAAUGGGACUCACAAUGGUAUUCCUGUAAACAACACAAUCGAGGGGAAAUAUCCAACACAAUGCGUGAAACCAAACAAACCUCAGCUGAAAAUCCGUAGAGAAGGGCAGUACCUCCAAUUUGAAACAUAUGAAUCAGAUUCAAAAGAGUUUGAUCAAAUCUGCUACAUUUACGAGUACACAUACAGCAAGUGCAAUAAGAAAGAGAAAAUCGUAAACUGGCAAAUCGGCAAAAUGAAUAAUCAAGUGGAUUAUGACGCCGCCUGCAGGUACAAGGCCAGUGUGCAGGUCCUCUUCUCAAACGAUUGUGGAUCAGGGGAGAGUGAUCCGAGUGACGAGGUGGAAUAUGGGGAGAACAGUGACCCGAACCUGCCUGUGUUGCUGGCUGUCAUUAUAAUCCCGCUCAUAGUUUCCUGUUGCCUGAUAGUCUCUCUUGUGCUGCUCAGAAGACAUAAAGACAUCAUAUUCCCAAAAAUCCCAGAGCCAACGCUCCUCUUUAAGGACAUGCUCAGCAACAACAUCAGAACCACAGAGGAUCUACGGAGUCCUGCAGCUGUCAGACUGUAUGUCCCCACUGAUGAAAUCAUAGAAAGCAGGAUAAGACUUGAACCUGACACACCAUCCACGAACAAUGUGCCACACAAGCCGAAAUAACCAUUUCUGAUGACUGUGAAUAUCCAGUAAAUCAGGAUGGACUCAGGGUGCACUCGAAACUUACACUGACUGGACAAUGUCUAUGCAAGGAAGACCAAACUCCUGCUGUCUGUUUUAUCUGUUAAUGAAUGAUGAAUCCAGGCUCCACUUCCCUUGUUUUGAAUGGACUUCGACCUCGCUUAUUACGCAUUUUGCUAUGGUUGCCAGUAAACUGCUCUUCCUAAGACAACAGUGAUGUGUUAUCGAUGAAUGUAUUGUGAAGAUAAGAGAAGCAAUCAACUGACUUUACUGUGACAGGAUGGUUGGAUCUGAUUACCUUGUAUGUGGAGCCAGCGGUGUAUCCAGAGGCCAGCGGAUGACAUAAGUGUCAACACCAUUAAUAUAGCUCGAUAGAAAUACACUCCAAAAAUAUUCAUGGAACGAGAAAACUUUUUGCACACCUUUUCCGAACUUUUCCAUGCUUGUUUUUAUAGCUGCAUUUAUGGGCUCGUGGGUGUUUUUGCGCGGUUUACAAUCUCUAAACAUAAUGCUACAAAAAGAAUGUUAUAUAUAUUAUUU